UCGAGAAAUAACAAAGGAAAAAUAAGGUUAACAGUCCCUCCUGGGCCCCAAGGAAUAAAUAAAUAUCAGGAACGUAUUAAUAUUUACAUGAAGCUGGAACUUUAAGGCAACCAAACAUCACAUUUCCUGGGGAGCAGCACAGUGAGACUGUCAUGGCACACCAGCAAAUGCCGAGCUCUCAGAAGGCUCUGAUGCUGGAGCUGAAAUCCCUGCAGGAGGAGCCAGUGGAAGGUUUCCGCAUUACUCUGGUGGAGGAGUCGGACCUGUACAACUGGGAGGUGGCCAUCUUUGGCCCUCCAAACACACUUUAUGAAGGUGGCUACUUUAAGGCCCAUAUAAAAUUUCCUAUCGACUACCCCUACUCUCCUCCGACCUUCCGAUUCCUCACCAAGAUGUGGCAUCCAAACAUCUAUGAGAACGGCGACGUGUGUAUUUCCAUCCUCCAUCCUCCUGUGGAUGACCCUCAGAGCGGAGAGCUACCCUCAGAGCGAUGGAACCCCACACAGAAUGUCAGAACAAUCUUGCUGAGCGUGAUCUCGCUGCUGAAUGAACCCAACACCUUUUCUCCUGCAAACGUGGAUGCCUCGGUCAUGUUUCGAAAGUGGAGAGACAGCAAAGGCAAGGACAAGGAAUAUGCAGAGAUUAUAAGGAAGCAGGUGAUGUCCACUAAGGCAGAUGCAGAGCGAGAUGGAGUUAAAGUACCAACGACGCUAGCCGAGUACUGCAUCCAGACCAAAGUGCCUUCCCAUGACAGUAGCUCUGACCUGCUCUACGACGAUCUAUAUGACGACGACAUAGAGGAGGAGGAGGACGACGACGACGAGGCCGAGGCCAGUGGGAUCGGCAGUGAAAUGGCAGGGGACUGUUUUGGCGAUGAAGACGACUCUGGCAAUGAGGAAUCUUGACCUCCUUCCACCGUUUCCGUGACACUGACCUUUGCCCUCUCACUCUUCUUUCCCCUGACAGCCUCAUGUUUCAAUUCUCUUUUCUUGUGCUUAAAGCUUUCGUUUUUUCACUCUGUUCCAAAAAACUCGUUACUUAAGAUAUCUGUCCUUUUCAGCACCUCCCCGUUCAUAAGUAAAGUUCACUAUGGGUUCACAAAACCAGUCAUUUUCGGUAACGUUUUACAUCCCACCUUCUCCUGCCUCUUAACCUCAGGGCUUUUGGAUAAUCAGAGCUUGUCAGGCCUCCAUUAACAUGCACAUUUCAAAACGUUUUGUUAAUUACAUCCUUUUUUUUUGAGGGCUAGUUCCCUCUAAAUACUAUUCUGUUGUGAUUUACUCACCCUCGUGUUGCUAGAAACAUUUUGCCAAACUGUUUUGAGAUUUUUGAGCAGAUUUUUCAAAAAGAUAAUAACUAAACAAUGCCAGUGUCCAAAUACACCCAUUUCCCCUACUAUAUAGUAAGCAAAGAAAAAGUAUAUAAAAGGGAAAAAAAGGACAGAAUGUAAACUAAAAUAUGAACAAAAAACUCAAUUUCGAGAUAAAAUGAUUUGUGAGAAAAACAAUUGUGAGAAUUGGGAGAUAUAAACUGAGAAGAUUAAGAAGUUAAGCUUGCAAGAAUUUAAUUUGUAAUUGACCCUUCGCAAAGAGCUUGAUUGACAGGCCAAUGCUGUAUCCACUAGCUCGUAUGACAAACGAAUCAAACAGUAAAAGUAAAUUAACU